AUGGCAUCUGUGUCAAGGCCAUCGAGGGAUAAUCGACUGUCGACGAUUCGCUGGUUCGAGUCGAGGUCGACGAAGACAAAUGAUGAGAGGGACGCACCGAAAGAGGCGAUUCUUUGUGUCGACGUAUGUCCCGAAGCGUUGACAGAAGACAAGAUAUGGUUUGCCCGGAGGUUGGUGGUGAUGAAUGUCGAUUUAUCGUUCCUGGACGUGAGUCGGCUGUCGGAUUUCCAUAGGCCGAGGAAGAGGCAGAAUGGAGGAGGUUGGUUGGUGGUGGCUGAGAAAAACCGCAACGACAACGCUUCAAGGCAACAUGACAAUUCUGCCCUCUGCCCUCUGAUUCCUCUUGGGGAACCUGUCCAGUUCCUGUCCUCGGUGGUCGUCCUGGGCAAUGCCAAUCCCCAGUCAGAGGUCCUAAAAGGCCAGGGGCGAUGGGGGUUCUACCUGCCACCUGCCACCUGCCUAGGGGCUUUGCCCAGGAAGCUCUUCCCACUCCAGGUCUUCCAUUCAGAAGUGAUUCUUCUGUCCACCACGAUCAUCAUCACUAUCACACAUUUCACCCUGGCAACGCAGACGCUUGCCCAGCGCUCUGACCAAAAGGAAAGUCGAUCAACACUGCUCCUGGCCCAAGCUCCCAAAGAAGAAAACAAGUUCAAUUUCAGCCGUUACACCAUCACCAUGACCGCCAUGUCCAUUUCGCACCAUGAACUGAAGUCCAACCAACCUCAAAACACAUCCCGAGACAGUGUCUCGGUAAAGGACAUCCAGCAUCCGGCCAUUAAGUUAAGCUUACUCGUCGUUGAGACAACCGGACCGUCCACCCUCGUGCCAUUCCGCCUCCACGACCCGCUCUUCGCAUUCCAACACACCCGUGCUCAUGAACCUUCCAAUAUAUUGCGCUGCCAUCUUUCGCGGUUCACAUUUCCGGAUGCUUGUGUCUUCAUUACGAACACAAAGUCUUGGGAACAAUCCCCGCUCCCGACAAUCUUCCUCCUGCCACUCUACCCGCCGCUUCACCUCGUGUCGACGGGUGGUUGUAUAGAGAGACUUUCAGGAGAGCAAGAUCAUAGCUGCACUUAG